UGUUGUCUGACGCGGCGGAGCCAAAUGUUGAUCGGAGGUCUCGAUCCGAUGCCGACAUGACACUCCUGAACCUCCUCUGGAAUGGAUCGACAGCAGCUCCAGGCCGCUUGCGUCGCUGACACAAUGCAAGGCUAUAAACCAUCUCGUCUUUGUCCGCCGUCUCGAGUUACUCUCGGAAAUAUCAGAAACUCUGAGCAUUUUUGUCGAGAAAAUAUCGUACACUCAAAGGUACUUCACGACACUGACUCGGACACGGUAACUGAUCUAUACCUUCAUAUUUUGCAGUUGUGGCUACAUCCAGGAGGCACCUGUCUGCUCUUCUUCCCUUGUUCAAACGUCAAAGGAGCACGCUCAUACCACGAAUCCACUUUGCAUUCAUGCCUAGAUCUUCUCGCCCUGUCGUUGUCAACUCGCAACCACUGCCAACGCGCAGUAGCCGCCGGACUUUGACAACGACUCCAGUUGAUACUAUCGUGUCUGCAGAGCCCAAUCCGGACGUUGUCGCCGCUAUACCCUCGCAGAAGCGAGGUAGGGCUAAAAAGACACCUGCUGCCUUAAAAGCUAAGGAGGACUUGGAAGAUGGCGCGGAUGCAUACCUCACCCCCCUAGAGUCAGAAGUGGACGACGAGUUAAUUCUCAAGAAGCCGCACCGCAAGGCCGCGAAGAAAGCUGCCAAUGAAGUUGUCGAGACUGCGCAGGUUGGUCAGGAACCUGUCACCGCCACGAAGCGUAAGAGAAAGGCAGGCAAGGUCGAGAAAGCUGUAGCCGUCGUCGCCGAAGAAGCAGCGCAGGUAACUUCAAAGAUGCGCAAGAAGAAACUCGAAGAGGAGAAGCCGGAGGCACUGUCUGACCAAGAUGUUGAAGUUCAUUCUCCCAAGAAGAGGAGUAGGAAGAGAAAGGCAUCUGCCCCCGAAGACUCUGUCAUCGAGGGCGAAGAGGUCGCGCCUAAGAAGAAGCGGAAGCCCAGGGCGCCCAAGCCCGAGCCCGUCUACGUCAUCCCUGACGUCGAGAAGAAAGAAUCUACGUUCAAAGGCCGGCUAGGGUAUGCGUGCUUGAAUACCGUCUUGCGGAACAAGAAGCCUGCUAGCGAAGCGAUCUUUUGUUCUCGGACAUGCAGGAUUGAAUCCAUCAAAAAGAACGGCAUGGAAUGGGUGAAGGAGCUCGGUCUUCAGAACAUGCGCGACAUGUUGGCUAUCAUCGAAUGGAAUGAGCAGAAUAACAUCCGUUUUAUGCGAUUAUCUUCUGAAAUGUUCCCUUUCGCCUCGCACAAGAUUUACGGUUAUUCCCUAGAAUAUGCGGCGCCUAUAUGCGCUGAAGUCGGUGCACUGGCAAGGAAAUAUGGACACCGCCUCACAACGCAUCCAGGCCAGUUCACUCAGUUAGGCUCUCCUCGCGACGAGGUGGUCCGUGCAAGCAUCCGUGAAUUGGAGUAUCACACGCAAAUGCUCGGGUUGAUAGGCAUGGGUCCUGACAGUGUCAUGAUCAUCCACGGCGGAGGCGUGUAUGGUGACAAGGAGCCAACUUUGCAGCGUCUGCACAAGAACAUAUCCGAGCUCCCGUCCGCUGUAAGAGCUCGACUGGUACUGGAGAAUGAUGAGCUUUGCUAUAAUGCGGCGGACCUUCUUCCUAUCUGCAAAUCCCUCCAAGUGCCAUUGGUGUUUGACUAUCAUCACGACCAGCUUUACCCUUCACCAGAUCUGCCACCUGCUGAGAUUAUCAAGCAAGCGAACGAAAUAUGGGUCGCUCGGGGCAUAAAGCCGAAGCAACACCUUAGUGAGCCUAGGAAUGGAGCGGAGACGAUCAUGGAGCGUCGUGCGCAUGCCGAUAGGUGUCAGAAUCUACCGGUAGACCUACCUGACGACAUGGAUCUCAUGAUUGAGGCCAAGGACAAGGAACAGGCGGUCCUCCACUUGUACCGAAUAUACAGCCUGCAGCCUGUGAUUCACGCUUCUCUUCGUCCACCCGCCGAGAAGGAGACAAAGGAGACCAAAGGCAGGAAGUCACCGCGUAAGGCGAAGGCGAAGAAGUUGACAUCAGAUGAUGAGCUAACCCAAGAAGAACUUGAGGCUGAGGAUCAAGCGCUGGAGACAGGAAUCGGCAUCGAAGGCGGCGAAGGAGGAGCUUAUGUCGCUGGUGACAUCAUCGAGGUAGACAAUUCGUGUUUGGCUGACGGUGAUCUGCCUGGGACUGGCAGACGGUCAAGGCGAAGGAGUGGCAGGACAAAGCAUCCCGCCGCGGGCUAG